GGGCUGGGCUGUCGGUGGCCUCAGCGCUCGGCAGGCGCGCACUCAGCUCCACACCCGGCUCUCUCGGCAUCUCAGACCCGGUAUCACACAAUCAUCAGGUGAGCCGAGGAUCCAUUGGAGGAAGGCAUCAUCUGUAUCCAGAGGAAAUAGCCAAGGAUAUUCAGAGGUGUGCCUGGGAAGUUCGAGCUGCAGCAGUGGAACCGUAAUGCCCAGGAUGAUCCUGUCUAACACCACAGCGGUGACGCCCUUUCUGACCAAGCUGUGGCAGGAGACAGUUCAGCAGGGUGGCAACGUGUCGGGCCUGGCCCGCAGGUCCCCCCGCAGCGAUGACGGCAAGCUGGAGGCCCUCUACGUCCUCAUGGUACUGGGAUUCUUUGGCUUCUUCACCCUGGGCAUCAUGCUGAGCUACAUCCGCUCCAAGAAGCUGGAGCACUCGAAUGACCCGUUCAAUGUCUACAUCGAGUCCGAUGCCUGGCAAGAGAAGGACAAGGCCUACGUCCAGGCCCGGGUCCUGGAGAGCUACAGGGCGUGCUAUGUUGUCGAAAACCAUCUGGCCGUAGAACAACCCAACACACACCUUCCCGAGACGAAGCCUUCCCCAUGAACCCCACCACUGGCUAAAACUGGACACAUCCUGCCUGGAAACCUGAUUUUCUAAUCACAUUCCUCUUGUACUCUUUAUUGUGAUGGAUACCACUGGAUUUCUUUUUGGCUGUUGUAAGGGGUGAGGGGUGGAUUAAUGACACUGUUUCACUGUUUCCCUAAAAUCAUUCUUUUGUGAUAGACUGUCAGUGGUUCCCCCAUAUCUGUCCCUGCCUUGCUAAAUUUAGCAGAAUCCCUGAGGACAUGGCCUCUGAGAAUAGCAGCUGCAUUUCCCAGACUCCCUUGCAGCUAGCAAGGUUGUGUGACUAAGCCCUGCCCAGUAGGCAUGGAAGUGAAGACUGUAAUGUCCAAGUAAUCCUUGGAAAGAAAAGAAUGUGCCCUUUACUUACCUUGUCCUGCUUCCCAGUGGCUGGAUGUGGAGGAGGUGGAGAGCAGUUAUGAGUCUGGGAAAGAACGGGGCACUCAAAGAGCCACACACAUCUGGGCCUGGGCAAUGUGGAUCCUCCUUACCACCCACCAGGCCAGAUUUACAGGAGAGAGAAAUCCACUCCACUCUUCCUUAAGCCACUGUUAUUCUGAUCUCUGUUAAGGUCGCAGAAUCAAUGCCCUUACUGGUACACCUACCUUCAGUUAUAGGACUGAACCUAAAGGCAUGACAUUUCCAUACUUGUUACAAGCACACACCAAUUCUGCCCUUGUCACUUCUGUGCUCACUCUUGUGGCUCUAUCCUCCUCCUGCCCUUCCACCUUCCACUCCUCCCUUGCACCCACCCUGCACACAUCUCCCUGAAAACACACAGGCACAUACCCUCAUAUACAUAGACACACAUACACACCUCAAUCGAGAAAGAACUUGCUUCGUACACGGCUGAGAUGGAGGAGAAAAAAAUGCCCCCUUCAGAAUGCAUACCAAGGGGAAGGUGCUGGGUCACUGUGGGAGCAGGGAGAGGUGCCCCCACUCCCUGAGAGCCAGGGGAAGGAGUGGCUGUGGGCAGAGAGGGAUACAUAGCACUGGGGUGGCAGGUCCUUUUGAGGUGAUGGGCUGGUUUUGUGAGUUGAAUUGUACCCCCCAAAAAGACAGUUGUACCUGUCUUUUUGGGGGGCGCAACUUCUGUGCCCCCCAAUUUUGGGGGGUACAACUUCUGUGCCCAAGAGUGAGCACAGAAGUGACAAGGGCAGAAUCGUUGUGUGCUUGUGACAAGUAUGGAAAUGUCGUGCCUUUAGGUUCAGCCCUAUAAGGUAGGUGUAUCAGCAAGGUGUAUCAAUGUGACCUAAUUGGGAAAUAGAGUCUUUGCAGAUGAUCUAGUUGAGAUGAGGUCAUUGGGGUGGGCCCUCACCCAAUAUGACUGGAGUCCUUAUCAGAAGAGGGAAAUUCAGACACAGACGCAUAGGGAGGACACCAUGCCGUGACAGAGGCAGUGGGUGCAGUGACACAGCUGCAAACCAAGGAAGGCCAAGGAUGGAUGCACAUCCCCAUCCCAAGAAGCCGGGAAGAAGCCAGGAAGGCUCCUCUCCCACAGGUUUCAGAGGAAGCACAGCCCUGCUUGAAUUCAAACUUCUGGCCUCCGGAACUGUGAGUCAGUGAGUACCUGUUGUUGAAGCCACCCAGCUUGGGAUACUCUGUCAGCCUACUGCCAAACAGUAUUGGGAUACUAUAGUGAGUCCAUGCAGCACCUCUCACCCACUCAGAGACGGAGCUGCUCUGCCUUCCAGUGGGGCACCCGGAGGGGCUGCCCCAGCAGAUAGAGAGGACCUCCAUUCUGCCAUCUGCCUUGAGAGGGUCUCCAGCUGCCAUCUGUAGCAUCAGAGUCCUCUGCAGUGCGACAUCCUGAAAGCUCAGCUGCCUGGGCAUUCCUGAAGAGUAUGGAAUAUUUAAAUGAAACAUAUUUUUUUUAAACCUAAGAUAAAAGCAGCCCGUGUGCAUCUUGGGCCAUCCUCAAAAGACUUGGUCUUGUGAGGUUCUAGUCCUUGUUUCACAUAAUAAACACUGGCAUGGCUCAGCCCCUGAGUUACCACAGUCCUUGAGAUGAGUGGUUCUUUGGGUUACAAAGUCCUCUGAACGUCUAGUGAGAGCUGUGAUCUUUGCCCCACCCGAAUAAUGCAUAUGGACACCACACCUUGCCUACCGUUUCCAGGGUUCAUGAUCAGUAGCAGCCCAGCUAUGCCUGCCGCGUCUCACGGCCCCUGUGUAAGCCAGACCCUUCUUAGGCAGUUGCAUAUUCCCAGACUGAGGCAGGGCAGGUUUGCAGAGAGAGACCCAGAGUGCACGUGACCCACAGUGUGAUCCCUGGCGCGCACUGACUUUGAUAUUCCAGGCACACGGACUGGCUUUUUAUCACCACUUCAUUUUCCCCACUAAGAUUCCUGUGCCUUUUAAGGCAGAGGGAGAGCCCUGUGGCUUUAGUCUUCCCAGGCCUUAAAGGGCCCUUGUCUUCACUUACAAACCUCUUAUCUCUUCCUCUCCUUCCUCUUCAUUUUAAAGGAGGAGAGGGAAAAGUAACCGGGAGACAAAUUGAGCCACAUAUUUUCAGACACUUGUUACCAUAUUUUAAAAUUUGGCUUCGCAUACACAGAGUCUUUGCUAUGCACCAUGUACUGUUCUAAGCUUCUUAAAAAUAGAAUCUCAAUUAUUAUUUUGCACGCAAUACUCUAUGCAUUCAUUAGCUAGGACAACAAUGCAUUUGCAGUAUUGAGAUUUCAU